GUUUGAGCACACUGCAGAGGGAGUGCAGCUAUGGGGAACGCACAGGAGAAACCUCCAGGCAGCGGAGGAGGGGCAGCAAAAGCGGAUCAGGCCACAGCAGGGAGCGGGACGAGGAGCAGCCGGGGUGGAAACAGCGGGGAAACUCACAUAGCUCCAGAGAAGGGGGCGGUCAAUGGCACUCAGAGAGAAAACAACCCUGCUGGCGGACAAGAGAAGAAGGACAGCCCUGCAAUGGACAGAAGUUACCUGGAUGCUCCUGCUGGGGCCCUGCCUCUUCACCUGGCCCGGCUCAAGAAUGAAGGGAACCACCUUUUUAAACAUGGACAGUUUGGAGACGCCUUGGAGAAGUACACCCAGGCCAUUGAGGGAUGUUCUGAUGCAGGCAUUGAUAGUCCAGAGGACCUGUGUAUUCUCUACUCCAACAGAGCAGCCUGUUACCUGAAGGAUGGAAACAGCACAGACUGCAUACAGGACUGCAACAAGGCUUUGGAGCUGCAGCCCUACUCCUUGAAGCCCCUGUUGCGUAGAGCUAUGGCCUAUGAGUCACUGGAGCGCUACAGAAAGGCCUACGUGGAUUAUAAGACCGUCCUGCAGAUAGACACCGGGGUACAGGCAGCUCAUGACAGCGUCCACAGGCUCACAAAGAUGCUGAUUGAGCAGGAUGGGCCCGAGUGGAGACAGAAGCUUCCAGAGAUUCCUGUUGUCCCUCUGUCUGUGCAGCAGCAACACAGAGAGAAACCAAUCAGCAUCGAGCAGGCCCAGGCCCGAGCCGCCAGAGCAGCACAAGAGGAAGCCAGAAGAAAAGAAGCCCGCUUCACUUUACUUAAACAGGAAGGCAACAGUCUGGUCAAGAAAGGCCUCUUCCAGGACGCUCUGGAGAAGUACAGUGAAUGCCUCACCAUAAAAGCUGAUGAAUGUACACUCUACACAAACAGGUCCAUCUGUCUCCUGAAGCUGAAUCGCUUCGAAGAGGCCAAGCAAGACUGCGACUUGGCACUGCAGCUGGAGCCGAACAACAAGAAAGCCUUCUACAGACGAGCCCUGGCUUUUAAAGGUUUACAGGACUACCUUUCAGCCAGCAGUGACCUCCAGGAAGUCCUCCGACUGGACCCCAACGUCCGGGAGGCCGAGCAGGAGCUUGAGGUAGUGACAGGCUUGCUGAGACAGAGCUUGAUGGACAACACCGUGCACACACCAAGGGUUUGAUGGCUCCUGCUGCUACACAUGUGGAGAGGGAUGUGGACAUUUACUGUACUGCUGCAGGACUUUUAAAGCAAUCAGCUACAAUAAGUAGGAAGUGUAAAAAUGAAAAUGACUAUUUUUAAACUCCUGGGACGAGCACAGUGGACAGCCAGCUUUUCAGCUCUGCAUCAUCUGCAAUGUGUGCAAACCACAUGUAACUCCUGAGUACACAAGCUUACAUAACGGGAAGCUUUAUUUAAAGAGGCUAAUGUCAAGGUACUUGGUCACCUGCUUGCACUAUAAAUCAUUCACAUUGUGAUGUAAUUAUACUUCCAUGUAACAGGCUGCAGAGCACUCUUAUUUGUUAAGAGUGUUAAGGGGAAAGAGUGCAUAUCGAGCGUGCCUUACUGAGAUUAAAGGUUUUCGUUUGAUUGCUUUUUUUAAAAAAAAUUGAUUUGAAAGAAAUGCAUUCGUAGUGCAGGUAGUGUGUGUGUGGCACAGCAAGAUCUAAAAGGGUCAAACUUCCAAGGUUUCAGUUAUGUUGUUACAAAGCAUUUCUCAUUGUUUACAUGUACUGUGAUAAGAGCUGCUACUAAUUCCAAAACAAGCCAACAACAUAAUAUAUCCCAUCAUCACUUUUAGUGUUGGGAAUUGCUUUAAAAGGCUCUAAAAUUAAUUUCAGCUUUACCAGUUAUAUUAUUAAAAAAAAAGAAUCUGAGGUCAGCGCUUAAAGUGAAGCUGUUAUGCUUUUUUUAAAAUUUCCUGUCUGAUAAAUGCUGUCACAAUGGUGGAAUUUCAUAUUAAAAGUGGGCACUGUUUCAAAAAAAAAAACUAGGUCAUCUUUUACAAAGUUCAGACUGCCCUAAAUACUUGGCUUCCACCAUUUCUUUUUAGCACUAGUGCUGAGCUGACAUCAGCUCAGAACACUUUUCCUUAUAUGGUCAUCUCAGCUCUAGCAGUGCCUGAAGCAAGGAGGCGGAGCGAACAAACACUGGGUUCUGUUUGGAAGCCAGGCGAGAGGCAGCCAAUCAGAAGAACAUGGGCUUAUAAUUUUUUGGGGGGGGGGGGGGGCUUAAAAAGACAGCAACUAAACUUGAGGGGCUGCAUUAAAGACCAGGGCCAGUCAGAUAUUUAGCAAUUACUUACCUGCAAAUCAAA